ACACUACGCUCUAUGCCAUCGUUGGUGGCAGCUUGGGUGCAGCCCUUCUGGCUGCUGGUGGAUUCUACUUUAUGGGUGGGGCACCACCAGCAGAGAAGAAGAAGAAGCGCGCCCUCCCUGGGCCUGGGGAGCCUAAGAAGGCCUGGCAGCUCUAUGCGAAGAUGGCCAACCCGGAUGCCACCUUCGAUGAAGAAACCGGCCUGUCACAACCCGUCGCGACCUUCCCAGUGACGGUGCCUCAAGCUCCCUAUCAGGGUGCCGGUCUUCAAGUUGGUGCACCUCCUAUGGUCUAUUACCAACCCCAGCCCGCCUACAUGGCGGUGCCCACAGAACCAAUGGCCCCCAUGUUUCAGCAGACGCCUCGGACGGUGGUGGCCUAUCGAACGGCCUAAAUUAAAGUUCCUAGCAAAGCGCAAAGGACAGUUUUGUCAGAUAAGUAUGAUUUUCCAUACCUGAAAGGCUCCUGAACUUGAAGAGGC